CAAAAACGCCUCUCAUGCUAUCGCUUUCUUCUAUUUUCUGUGUUCCGAAGGGAUCCGCCUACUCACCAAAUCACGAUGGGAAUCCAAGUCGUUGCACUUGUUGCAGGUGAAAAAAUGGUAGGUGUUUCGCUUGGAGUUCUGCUUAUUUGGCCGCGUGCCAACAUCAAUAUCCAUUCGUCCUCUACCGCGUUAAUUAAAAGCGUACAACCGUCUCAGCCCCCUCAUCUCGUGCACGCUUUUGAAGAGUGUUGCAAAAUAAUAAAGCGAUAUGACAAAAGCGCGUUUCUUACCUGAGAACAAAUUGCAGAGCAGGGCGGGAAAAGCGACGAACAUUUAAGUGAAUCAAGAUUCUGUUUGCACAACAGAGACUUUUUGAAGCGCAGGUUGUCGUUGUAACCGCAUUUAAUUACUUACGCACAUAAGCGCAAAGACAAUGCCCUCCGCCGUGUCGAAAGGUGCCGAGGUCAGCGGCGCGGAUUGGUGGAACGAUUCCUGCAGUUCCGCGGAAUUGAACGAAGCUGUCUCCAAAGGCGCGGUUGGAUCCACGUCCAACCCGGUGAUCUUGGUGCAAGUUUUGAAUGCGGAGAAGGAGAAAUGGGUGCCGAAAAUCGACGAACUGAUUAUAACGUGCUCAGGUGUUACAAUCUGAAGCGUCACAAUAGAAUACGGAAAUCUGUGAUGCGAGAGGUGUAUUAUCUAGCCAGCUCUCAUAGGAUUGCGCAUGACAUCAAGUUCAGGAGUCCCAAACCCCACUACAAUCUGGCGAAAUUUGUAUAUGCAUAAAGUGGAACGCUCUGCGAGUCUGUCAUGCUCAUCAUGCAAGACAGAUCUCAGACUCUAUUGCAACGUUUAAGAUUGUAACACCUGAGCGGGUUAUACUGAUCUCCAAGUUCCCCUCGGACACGGAGGCGGAGAUCGCGGACCGGGUAUAUCACAGUGAAAAAUGCCCCCCACCCCUGAAAUUGCAACAAUUUGUGAUGCGAAGUUUCCAAAUGAAAGCUUUUUGUCAUGCAUGAAAGGAGUAAGAAUCUUUCUGAUGCAGAUUCUAGUCGUGUUUCGCAUCGCUUGCAUGACAAGCACCGCUCUUGCUGGGAUCUUUUGCAAUACAAAUUUUUGCUAUUCACGAUCGGAAAUCUGCGAUGCUGAUACACGCAAGAGGGCGAAUGUUUCAUUUGGAAAGAUUUGCAAUACAAAUGCUUUCAAGUUCGGGGGUGGGGGCAUUUUUCAUUGUAAUAGGGUAAAUGAGAUGGUGGUGGCCGAGGCGUGCGAAAUCCUGAAGCCGGUGCACAAAAGGGAGAAUGGUACGGUGACUGUAUGCGAUGAAACAAAAAUGAGCGGUUUUUUAUUGUGUAACUUUGUGAUGGACAUCUACUGAUACUCGCAAGAAGGACGAUAAGCGUCUGUCAUGCUGGUCAUGCGCAAUCACCUGUUGUAGUGCUGCUCGUUCAAGCUCGUUUCCACAUACUAUCUGCGACUAUCAGGCAAGAAGGGCUACCUGUCAGCGCAGGUGAAUCCACAGCUUUACCGCAGCACGGAAAAGAUGGUGGAACAGGGCGUCUUUCUCGCGAACGCGGGGGGAGCAGAUACCAACGUGAUGAUAAAGGCGCCCGCUUUGCCGGCAGGUAUAAUUUGUAGGUCUGGCUGGAUAAAAAUAGAGUUUGUGACUGUGACAUUCGUAUUUCUUGUCUUGGGAAGUAGCGAAGCAGUUGCUGGCAGACGGCACAUCUGUUUUGCAUCACGGCGAGGUCGUCGUGGGAGAUGAUGGUCUAUUCGGAAGAGAAAAAUAUCCUUAUUUGUCUCAAAAAGGUCUUGCCGCAAUGGAGGAGCUGACGUACAAGGGCAUUUCCAUCAAUGCAUAUCGCACUGAAAAAUCCACACUCCUCCCCGUACUCAAAGUGGAAUUUGUGUUGCAUGAUUUGUGAUCACAAAUCGCGUCGUCAUGCUAGAAGGGAAGGGAUGCGGACUGUAGUGCUGGCUGGCGCGGGUAAGCCUUGCAUCGUCAGCAUGACAGGAACCAACUGCAUUGUCCAGAACAGCAUGACAAAGUGCCUAAAGUAGAUAGGCCGCGGGAGGUGUGUCUCUUCACCUUCCAGAAAAAAUACAGGUAGAUUCGUGUACACAAAUCGCGCAUCAGAAAUCUCCUUUUGAUAUCAUGGGGAGGGGUUAUUUCGAUUUUUCCUCACGAUAAUGCAACGGUGUCUUUCACGGUGUCGCAAUAUCCAAGAAAAAAACAUUGUAGGUGUAACUUUUUUGGAGGAACAGCAUUACAAAUUUGUCUGGCAUGACAGCAGACACCUGUCAUGCGCAGAUAGUACGUGAAAACGCCCUUCAACGGACCCGACGAUGCAUGCCAAGCAUGACAGACGCAAUCACUUUGCAUGUUGCGCGUCACAAAUUUACACUAACAGCGUUUUUUUCUUGGAUACGCAAGCAGUGAAGGCUGCCGAAGCUGUGGAGCGGGGCCUCAAGAGGCGAGAGGUAUACAUAGAUGAAUAGAUACGACUGUACUUCUUUACGUGAUAAUGGCGUACUUAACAUUUGAGUUUGACCCGUUCAUUUCGUUGUUGUCAUGCACAAAGUAUUGACUAGGAGGUGUCCGUGUCAUGCAGAAGGAGCAACUUUUCAAGUUCAAACCAACGAUCAGGCGGAAGGCCUCCCAGUCGACAAAAUGGGUCCAGUGAUCACGGUAUGCAUUGCAAAUAUGUCUGGGUCUGGAAGAUCUUGAGGUUUGUCAUGCUUGUCUGGCAUGACCAAAAAGUUUGUCAUGCGUGUCCAAGAAGAGACCCUUUUGCCUGUCAUGCAAAAACGCAGUUUGUCAUGCGAAAAACGCAACACAAAGAAGCGCAGAUAUUUCUCACGCUUGCCUGUUCAUUACAGAGCAUUCACUAUUCCCAACGCAGCAUUACAAGUUUCCAGACCCAGACAUUUUUGCAGUUGAUACACGGUCAUGGUUGGCAGGGUAUCACACAGAAAAAAGCAGGCAGGUCAUAUUUGUAAUGCCAAGAUAAAUACACAAACAUACCCUAAGCGCCAUGAUAUGGGGUCGCCCUUGACAAUUUGUUCUGUGUAUGUAUUUUUGCAUUACAAAUGUGCCUUGCUUCUAGUAGCUUUUUCCUCUGGGAUACAGGGUCGACGACGCGCUGCGAAAAUUUGUCGACUAUCCUGAGCAAAAACGUUUCUACACCAGAGUUGGUGUGAUGCGGAUUUCCAAUUUAUAGGAACGUGUGUAAUAAAUUCGCAUGUUGCCCAUGAAGAUGUUUUGGAUUUGUAAUGCUGUCAACAGGAUGUUACUUAGAUACGUGGAUUUGGUUUCCUUAUGCGGUUGUUCGUUUGGUAAACUAUGAUAAUACAGAGAGGAAGUUAUCAUGUGUGGCUUCCAAAGCUUCUGGAUUUGUGUUGCUACUUAAGAUUAUUCCACCUUGGACGUCGACCUUUUUGCUGAGGAUAUCAACUCGAAGAAAGUCACCUGCGACCCGGGGCACCUGAACUGGGGCGGCUAUUGAGAGGAAAAAUCCCCCCUCCCCAUAUUGAAAAGGUAUGUUUCCAAAAAUUUGUGUUGCGGAUUUGAGGUCACAAAGCACAUCUGUCUUGCAAAAAGACAAGGGCAGAAGCUUCCGCCUCAUUAUGGAAGCGAUUUGUCAUGCUGUUGAGCCUCAAGGGGAGCCGUUUGCCAUGCUGAGCAACUAGACCCAUAAGCCCCUACCUAGCCUGGGGAUCUGGCCGCCGUGCCUCUCCGCAGUACAAAGCUGAUCUGUGGCCACAAAUCAGCAUCACAAAUUUCCGUUUUGAGAUGGGGAGGGGGGAUUUUUCAUUUUGAUAGCGGCGCGGCGGUGUUCAAGAAGGUGUGGAAGCUGUUCAAGGAGAAGAAUUUACGUGCGACACCAUUGGUAAGGGAGUGUCAGGAUUGAAAUCGUCAAAGUUGAAAUAGUUUGUCAUGCAUAAAAUCGAUACCGGUUGGAAGCCCAAUUUCCAAGCGGUGCAUGACAAAUCUCGGCACCGUCUGAAUCCAGUUGGUCAUGCUGUUUGGGGCCCCCAGAAGGCGUCUUUUGUCAUGCUACUUUAGCAGCUCUAUCGCAGUAGACCCCAAACAGGCUGACAGCCGGCCUCACUUGCCAUCCCUGCAAGAGAGGCACUUCGUGCCUUGCAAUUUAUGCAUGAGAAAUUAUUUCAACUUUGUCGAUUUCAGUCCUGACGCUUGCAUAACUGGCCGCAGCCUACCGCUGCGUGUUCCACUGGUCCGAAAUUUUGGGCGAGAACGUGGUAAGUUGCAAAAAAUCUUCGUAGAGGGAGGAUUCUGACGAGGCUGAUCUUCUUCCUAAUGAACUAUCGUGUACUAAUAUUUAGCACACAAGAUUUAGACUUUGAUUACAGUCAGCAGGCACGACGUCGAGCGACGAUUGGUUGAAAUAAAGGUGGACGUUUUUUGGCUUGCUGUGCUAUAAUGCCAGUGGAAAGUUCAGUGUGCAUCAUGAUUUAAAGUUUGAAAUUAGAAGUACACGUAAAACUUCUACGCCAGGUAUCACAGGAAAAAAGUCGUUUUACAGUUACACAUUUGUAGGGAAUUCAGCUCCAGCAUCACAAAGUCGCUCGACAUGGCAAGGAAAACCUGUGAUGCGCAGACUAUAAGGGAAAACGCGAAUGAAAAGAGGCUGGCAAGCAUUUCCAGCAUCACAGAGGUUGUCUGUCUUGCUCGUCUUCCAUCAGAGUGUGUAACUGUAACACUUUUUUCACAGGAUACCAGGUUACCUCCAUGCCCUACCGUUGGUGGAAGCAGUUUGACGAGUCCGAUGUCGAUUAUGGAAUAAAGGCCGCAAAAUUGGUUUCUUCCGCCACGACCUAAAGAAGGGAGCACAUCACAUGUCGGUUUCAUUUUCCGCCGCAGAAGAAGAAGAAGAAGAAGUGGCUUUUCUUGCAGAAGACAAGACAGAGUUCUGCUUCUGUCCUCUACUGCUGUGUUUAUUGUUCGCAAUAGUGCAUGAUGUAGUGGCUGCAAAAAGGAACAACCAAGUUGCUUUAUCUGUUCCAUAGCCCGCCUCGCCGCUCUAUCGAGGAGGACGUGCCUUCGGAGGUGAUGCAGACGCUCACUAAACUCCCCCUGUUCGGCCAGUUCUACGACGAGAAUUUACCGGAGUCGGAGUUCUACGCAUUGCAAAUAUGUCUGGGCGGUCUACUGGAAGGAUGCAAACUUGUAAUGCAGAUUCUGGGACGGACAAAAAUCUGCGUUGCGUGGUCUGCAAAUAAACAUGUCGGAUUUUCGUCUCCGGGAGUAGAGGGCAUUUCUCAUGCAGACUAGGCAUGCGUUUGCGUAUGCCUUGGAAGAGUUAUUUGUCAUGCUCUGUGUGCAGCAUAAUUCCAGAACAGCACCUUGCAUAUGCAAAAGCUGCAUGGCAAAUGUGUGAUUUCUUCCAGCAGACACAGACAUAUUUGCGAUGCAUAAGUUCAUGAAGCUGCAGCCGACAAAGGACACGCUGACCCAGUUUCUCACCGCGCGCGACGAUUUGUUGAAGAUUGUGCGGGUACGAUUUUUGGCAUAA